CAAAACUCGUUUUUCUCCCGCCAAGCAAACGAACCAGAGAAAAUGAGAGAGAACCGAACACCGCUCAAGGACCAAUCCCGACAUGUGAAGCUCGCGACUCCCGUUCCCAAGAAGAAGAUUCCGAAGAAGAGCUUGAACACCGUCUUUUCUGCAGUUUCGGAAGACGAACCGGUGGAUAAUUUCAAGAUUUCAGUGGAUUCUACUCCGAUUUCUGAGUGUUCCAAGAUUUCAGUGGAUUACACUCCGAUUUCUGUGAUUUCUGAUGUGGAUUUCACCGAGAGUAUGAUGCUGGUGCCGGAUCCAGCUCUGUCGAUGCCAUCAGAGACAUUGCUUCCAUCCAAUGUCUCACUGUCUCCGGAGGCCAGUGUCAAUAAGGAUGGACUGGGCAAUGUCUCUCUAAGUAGUGGUAAAUCAAGCGAAUUUGAUGGCUCGAACUUUGUUUCUAUGGAGGCUGACAUUGUGGAGAGAUUUCUCAGGCAAGCGCGGACUCAGGUCUUGAAUUCCGAGGUGGAUACUAAAUCUAAGAAGAUUCUGGAUGCGCUGGUUGACAUUGUCUUAGAGGAGCUCCACACUUCACCUGCAGAGAGGGACUGGGUAACUGAACUUCUGUCGACAAAAAUUUACAUAACAAUGGCGUGUUUUGUGCUCUGGAUCAUUGCAUUGGCUGUCUGGGUGUUCGGCUCUGGACGCCGAAACACUUUUCGUGGACCUCUGCCAACUUGAGCAGACUCCGGAGAACAGAUGAGGAACGGGAUAAACUUCUACUGUGAGAGCAACUUGCUGGAGGGAACCAAUCAAAUCGCGCCGACGAAUGGUCCGCAGGUAAAUGUCUUGUUUUUAAAUCUUGAAAAUAAUUUGUAGUUUAGUGACAGUGCAAGAAGGAGAGAGCUAGCUCUACUUAAAAUCAAAGAUUCUGAUUUGGGUAUAAUUCCCAAAGGAAGGAGAGUUUGUUGUUGUUUAAAGUAGUGAUUAGCAUAAUUAGAGGGAAAAACACUAGGAGCCAUGGAUGAAGAUUCUGUGUUGAAAUCA